AAAAAGCAACCUCAGCAACGCUUCUUGUUCUCUUCUUUUUAUUCCUUGUACACAUGCAAAAGUAUUGAAAUUCUUUUAUUAUAUUAGCUCAUUUAAAGAAAGAAACCUUUUAUUUAAGUCAUACAAAAUGGUGGAUGUUCUCGUUCCAACUGGAUACUGUAAGCCUGUAAAAGUUCACAACCAGCUUCAGCAGGUGGGGGUUCCAUUGGACAAGUAUUAAGGAAAAUUAGUUUUAAUUUUACAGGAUCACCAAAUAUGUGCACAAGUUCACAAAAUAAUCCUAACUGACCAGCCAAGGUGACAACAUCUUUAAAAACCUAGGUUAGUGGGACUUUCGCUGCUGCUGAAUGGAGUAGACGCGUGUGUCCAAACUUUGAGGUGCUUGGUGCUGACAUCCUGGACUCAGACCGUGCACAGUGCUCACUAGCUGCUAAGCCGGGGCCCUCCAGUAUGUAUGCAUGCAUGCAUGCACCGGUAUGCACGCAUGCACCGGUAUGCACGCAUGCACCGGUAUGCACGCAUGCACCGGUAUGCAUCCCCCACUUUCAGACCAGCGAGCUGGUGGUGUGGACGGCUUGCAGACUUGGGGGCAAUCUCUCUGACAAGGGCUCUCCUAUCCAUAUCUUCGAGGCUUACUGCCCCGGAGGUUUUGUAGCAGCGCACCCAGUAACGAGAUGUCAUGAGGAAGCUUUACCAGCUUUAGCCUGCCCUGAGGUACCAGCUAAGCUAUUUGUUGUGAUUGUUCAAGUGGCUGAGUUUUACGUCUUUUUAUAUCACCAACACACGAGACACACUUUGUAGCUUCACACAGGUUCCCCUUUGAUUAAUCUCCCCUUCAUGAACAUAUCGACACACAAAGGUUCCUACCCAUUUGUGUCACCUGAUAUUAUACCCCCCUUUCUUAAACGAAGAACGUCAGGGUAACAUAACUAAAAGAUUUCUCAUCAGUAACAUUGCACUGCUCCACAGUAAAGUGUUCAUUCACAUAACUAACAUAACAAAGUAAAACCCUUAAACUGCAUGCAUAUCACCGUAAAACCAACAAGUUCUAUCUACGAGGAGUCAGAUUACUCAGAUCCUCAACCUGAGUGCGGGGAUUAUUCAACGAGCGUGAGCAUCACAAACCCAGUUAGUAUAAAUGAGACAUUUGCAAAGUUCUACUGGCCUCUUUAUGCAUCUGAGUGUCCACACUCCCCAGAUCCAACGCCUGAUAAAAAUAACUUUCCACAUGUCGAUGAUGAGGAUGCUGAAAUUCUAGGGAAACCCAUCACUAUGGCAGAAGUCUCUGAGGCCCUUGCUGGUUAGCUGGAUUGAGUCUUCCCAGUUUCUGCUUGACUGAGCUCACCUGAUCCAGGUGACCAGUUAUAAAUGCAGCGGGGUUAGCUGCAAAGCAGACGGUAAGAAGACAAUUUAAUCAUGUCCAUUUUCAGGGAUCAUCUCAGAAAGAAUCAACAGAUGUUUCAAAAGCCAAGAGAGGAAGAAAGAAAAAGAGUGACUCAGAACAAGAAAAUGAAAAAGAUGAAGCCCCUGCAAGUCCUGUCAGUCCAUCUGGUGGAGAUCCUCUUAAACGACGAGGCAGGAAGCCCAAAAGUGAGAAGUUGCAUUUGCUUCAGCAACAAGACCAUCACGGAUCAGGAAGUGAAAUGGAAACAGCAGAACCAGAGAAAAAGAGGAAGAGGGCAUCGGAGGACAAGACCCACAGUGAAGAAGAAAGGAGGAAGAAGAGGGAAGGUAGUAAAGGCAAGGAGUUGGAAUGCAAAGAGCCGGAAGCCAAGAAGAAGAGGCAGACCAAAGACGACGGCUCGUCUGGCUCUGACGAUGACGAGACCAAACAAAGACGGCGCAAAGAAAACUGAGGCAGGGGUCAAGAAAAAAGAGAUGUCUACUGACAUGAAGAUCCAGAGGCUCCACACGCAGAUCAAAAUGUCCCUGAAAAUAGACAACCUGGAUGUGAAGAAAUGCUUGGAUGCUUUAGAUGAGAUCAGCUCUCUUCAGGUCACGCCUCAGCAUCUUCAGAAACACGGUGAUCUCAUUUCCACACUCAAAAAGAUCCGCCGAUUCAAAGCUAGCCAAGACAUAAUGGACAAAGCCACCAUGCUGUAUAACAAGUUCAAGAGCAUGUUCCUGGUUGGAGAAGGGGACUGUGUGCUCAGCCAAGAGCUCAACAAGUCUUUAGCUGAACAGCGGCAAUACGAGGAAGCAAAGAAAGCUGAGCAAGUCAAAGAAAACGCUGCAGACUCUACUGACAAGAUGACCAACGGUGAGAUGAGUCCUGCAGAAAAGAAGGAAGAGAUGGAGCAGGAGAAGUUCCUGGAAGACUCCUCAGCAGCAGAGAACCACAGGAUGCUGAUCGCUUCUUCAACCACAUCAAGGGUUUGGCUCCUAAAGUGGAUGAAAAUUUUAAACAAGUGUGUGAAGCAGAAAUCCCUAUGGAAGAAGCAGAAAAAGCCAUGAGAAGUUUAGCUGUAGAUAAAUCUCCAGGAUCUGAUGGACUUAUCAUGAACCUUUACAGACAUUUUUGGGAACACUUGAAAGAGCAGUUUCUGUUGGUCAUAAGUUGAGUUGAACAUCCUUCCAACUACCAUGAAGCAGGGUGUCAGUACCCUGAUUCCUAAACCUGGGAAAGACGCCAGACUAAUUGAUCAUUUGAGAUCAAUAUCCCUCCUCAACAGUGAUUAUAAUAUUCUAACCAACAUUUAUGCAUCUAGAUUAAAAACAGGACUGAAUCAGAUCAUCUCAGACACACAAUCAGGGUUUUUAAAAGGACGUUCAAUUCACAAUAAUAGUUCUUGAUUUGAUUGACUAUAUCAAUAAAUUGAAGAUGAUGGCUUCAUUUUAUUUUUAAAUUUCUUUAAAGCCUUUGACACGGUUGAAAAUGUUAUCAAUACUUGUAAAAAAGCUCUGGUUUCUGUAAACUCAAUUUCCUGGGAGAACAGUUAGCCAUCACUCAGCUGGCAGACGACACGGCCACAUUCAAGAAAGACAGUCAUCAAAUACCAGAGAUCAUUCAGACUGUGGAUUUCUUCUCUAAAGCAUCUGGUUUAAAACUAAAUCUCAGCAAAUGUGAAUUGUUGCCAGUUCACUAUUCUGAUCAGUCAGUUCUUCAUAACACAGCUGUUAGGACUGUUGUGAAAUAUCUUGGUGUUCAUAUUACCAAAGAUAGUCAAACAAUGGAGGAAAUGAACUUAUGGAAAACU